AUGAAACUUUCCGCUAUCAUCUCGAGUCUGCUCGUUUGCGGCCUAGGAGCUUCUGCUGUCCCACCAACCACCGCAUUCCCUCUGAAAACUCCAUCCCGACCUCUUCUUCAAUGGACUCUUCCUCCUGUCAUACCGCAGAUGCGGCCUGCCUUCCAAGCCAAGAUUGACUGGGAUUUGGACAAUAACCAUACCAUUCAGACGCCAUCUGGCCUUCGUGCUAGCUGGUGGAGUCGCGAGGGCUACUUGUAUGAUACGACGGGCCGGCAGUUUGGCGAAAUUCUUCGUGCAAACGAUGACGGCGUUGUAACGUCUGGAACAGACCCGGGGACCAAAUAUCUUGAGCUCCUCAUUUCAUAUGUUGUAAAGCUAGAUGAUGGUCACUGGGCGUAUGUGAAGCAUACCGGCGGCGCUAUUGUUCGCCAGUACCAGAAUGGCAUUGUUCGAGUAGAAACGGAUUCUAAAAAGUACACCUGGCUUAACCGAGUUGAUUUCAUUGCCCCUGGGACGUUUAACGGCACCGAGGUAAUGACGGUCAAUCACUACUUUCCCAAUUCUAACAGCUUGCCAAAUGGGUUACCGAAGAAAGAUAACCGGUAG